CAGCAGAAGAGGAGCUGCAUAGAAGACGAGUAGAAGAUCGUUGGUGAGGGGCGGAGAAAAUGCAGAUCUUCGUGAAAACUCUGACGGGUAAAACUAUAACCCUAGAGGUUGAAUCCAGUGACACUAUUGACAAUGUCAAGGCCAAAAUUCAAGACAAGGAAGGAAUUCCACCAGACCAACAAAGGCUGAUUUUUGCUGGUAAGCAGCUUGAAGAUGGCCGUACCCUUGCUGACUAUAACAUUCAGAAAGAGUCGACUCUGCAUUUGGUGCUGAGGCUUCGUGGUGGAAUUAUUGAACCAUCUUUGAUGGCUUUGGCCAGGAAGUACAAUCAGGACAAAAUGAUUUGCCGCAAGUGCUAUGCUCGUUUGCAUCCUCGUGCUGUCAAUUGCCGCAAAAAGAAGUGUGGCCACAGCAACCAGUUGAGGCCCAAGAAGAAGAUCAAGUAGAUGGUGAUUUUGAAGUCCUGGCAACAUGUAGCUGCUAAUGUUGAGAUCCUUAAGAAAUUAUUAGAUGUGUUGUUGGGUUGCCUGUUCAAUUUACUCUAAAACAUUGAAGGAUUUGUGUUUGAGCUAUAUUAAAGAUUUUGAGCUAUUUUCAUAUUGCUUGAUGAGCUAGAUUCUAUUGGUUACAUUAGUAUAAGCUUUGCUAGAUGUGUACUUA